AACUACGGCCAGGGACCUCGACCUUCCGGCUAUCACAACCGUCCUCCGAUCCCUCAGAACCAACGUCCUCCUACCGUCGCACCACCUCAGAAUCCUGACCCCAACAGCCGUGAGGCAUUGUGGCCUCUGUUCAUGGCCGUAGACAAGGAGCGCAACGGUCAGCUGAGCGAGUCUUCAUUGCGCAGCGCUCUGGUGAAUGGCGACUACACGGCCUUCGACGCACACACCGUUCGCAUGAUGAUCCGCAUGUUUGACACGGAUCGCAGCGGCACCAUCAACUUUGACGAGUUCUGCGGCCUCUGGGGCUUCCUGGCCGCCUGGCGCAACCUCUUCGACCGUUUCGACGUGGAUCGCUCGGGUAAUAUCAGCUUCCAAGAGUUUGCCGAUGCUCUCGUUGCGUUUGGCUAUCGUUUGAGUCCUCAAUUCACUCAGCUGCUAUUCAACACAUUUGCGAGAACGACACGCGGCAGAGGCGAUGAGUCGUACGGCGGCGGACGCGAGAAGACGCUCAGUUUCGACCUGUUUGUGCAGGCGUGCAUCAGCUUGAAGCGCAUGACGGAUGUCUUCAAGAAGUAUGACGACGACCGUGAUGGAUACAUUACUCUCUCU